AUUUUCACAAAGUGAAUAGGACCUAUAAAGUACGUUGUUGUUUGGCGAGUGUUUCAUCAGCCAUUAAGGCCAAAAACACUUAAGUUCUUUACUAUCAUUUUCUGAGGAAGUAAAACAGAAGUAACAGUCGAAAUGGCCGACGCACAGUUUGAAAAACUUGAAGCCGGUUUUAAAGGAUUAAGCGGGAACCUCGACCAAAUGUUUUUGGUGAUCAUGGGAUGCUGUAUAUUUUGUAAGUAUAACUUCCCUUUUCACAAAUAUGGUCCUGGUGAUAUCCCUCCUACUGUUAUUUGUGGCAGACCUUUAACUCUUUCUCUUGGGCGUUAUGAUUAAUUUUAUUAUAUUUCGCUAUGCGUGCGGACAAUCUCGAUUAACCCAAAAUUCAACAUGAAUUAUAAAAUAUUCAAAUAGUACGCGCGCUCUGAUUGGCCAUAAAACCAUUUUACAUGAGCGUAUGUAAACACGGUUUUCGUUCCUCUUUCAUUAGUUAUUUAAUAAAAGAAAUGUAAAAUGGUUUCUGUGUUUACAUAGCCUGAUUUAAACACUUGGGAGGUAGGGAGAACACUUGAUAAGCUGGAAACCACUCCGCUUCGCGUCGUGGUUUCCUACGCUUAUCUCGUGUUCUCCCAACUCCCGCGUGUUUACAUCAGGCUAUGUAAACACGGAAACCAUUUUACAUUUCUUCAUUUUUUAACAGUGGUGAGUGGUUAUUCUAGUGAGACCGUCUGGUUAUUAAUGUGUCACCAAGAAACAUAUCUUCAUUUUUUUUUCUUUUUCAAUGUACACUUUUCAACGACGUAAACCCACCUAAGCAAAUAAUCUUUCGGUACUUUAUUUUGGCAGUUACCAAUUUUAAAAUUUGCGAUGGUUUCACUCCGAAUAAUCACGAAAAGGUAAUUUUUGUCGGUUUUGAUGUAAAACUCCAGCUUAUUGUAAUAAUAAGUUAAGGCGCUUAAAUUUAGAUAGUAUGGAAAUAUGUUACUUGUUUGUACACCCAUGUAUGGUUACCCUGUGUCUCUUUUUGCCCCCGCAAUAUCUGAUGGUUACCAUGUGAACACUGUAUUCAUUACAUUUUACAUUGCCAUAACCUGGAGUUACGACUACGCUGACGUUUAUCUAAUCAAUAGUCCAGAAUCGCGAUCUCCCAUUCCGCGCUUCUGUGUCACUGUUUUACAGUAAGAUCAGUGUCACCCCUAAAAUCUCUGCUCUGAUUGGCUGCGAGCUUGAGCAACUCAGCACGAAACAACAAAUAGCAACAAUUUUGUUUUCCUCAAGCUAAAGCCUAAACUUUCGAACUUUCAUUUUAACUUCAAAGACGACCCGCUUAGUGAACAAAUAAACAAUACUACUUUUGUUUUUGCUUUGACCUGUUCUGUUUUUUAUGAAUCAACAACUCAUAUUUAUUUUAAAUGUGAAUAUAUGAAAAUCAUAAAGUGAAAAUUGAAUAAUCACGUCUAAUUACUUAUUUUGUUGGAUACGUUUGGUGUAAUAUGUUUUUCAUGAUUCGUGAACUUCACGAAAUUGAAUUUAACUUAGUGCGGCAGUCACGAGGCUUGCGACCAACAACUUAGGAUCAAAACAUUGACAUUUCUACUGUAACACGUCAAUUGCAUAUGGCUCCAGUCCUAUUUAGUUCACAGCUAAGGUUUGCCAAGAUGUCGUUGAAACAAAACGGUGGCUUCCUUUCCUCAUGUACAUCGCUGUAUCGCACGUGUCACAAAUAUAAAUCAAAACCCGUUUACCCCUCAGAGCACGUAAGCAAGGACGUAAUGAAGUACGAGACACUCUUACUUAAGAACUGUACGAACAGUGAAGCUCAUAUUCAGAGUUGGAAUGAUAAGGUAAUAUGUUUCUUUCGGUCUAACCUAAAAUCAUUUGGGCUUGAGAUUAUGUUAGUGCGACGAAACUGUUUUCGCUUUGAAACAGAGGAAAAGUUGAAAACUGAUGUUUAUCUCAAGAAACUAUAUCGUCACUUUGAUGAACGCCACGCACAUCUCAUUGGACAAUGACGACAUAGUCCGAGUUCAAAGUCCAAUCAAUUGGGCAAUUGUCCUCUUGAGACUUAAAAUCUGAAAUAUCUACUUCGCACUUUGGAAAAUCGACCCGAAGAUUAUCGGUCAUCAUAUGCGAUCAUCUCGGAAAUGAUGGAAAUGGACUCACGUACACAACGAGAUGAACAAAACUUCUGUUUGCCGAGCGAGAGUGAUUGCGAGACUUUUGAUGAGAAAGGAUUUUUUAAGAUUCUAUCAAAUAAACUCGUUUCCGCAAGAAAGAUUUUGCCACAAGAAUCAUUUGGAAAGGAAAGGGUCUUAGAACUUCGAAUUGGUCUAUGAAAAUGUUUAUGGUAGUUGGGAGGGUGUAUUUCAAUCGUCAAAACUACAUGAAUGGAUUAACUUUUAAAAUCAUUUUAACUUCAAAGACAACCCGCUUAGUGAACAAAUGAACAAUACUGCUUUUGUUUUUGCUUUGACCUGUUCUGUUUUGUUAAGUUUUCUAUUUUUUUCGACUGGGUGUUCUUCGUUUUUCAUGGACUUUGCUCGUCGUUCAUACUAUCAUAACCAAACAAUUCUUCCAUAAAUAUCACGAGACACCUUAUUUGCAAAACAAAGAGGAAGAAAAAGAGCUCACGUAGAAAAUUACCAUUUUAUGAAAUGAGUCACCAGUGUUUCAUCGUGUUCUAAAUGCGUCCACUCCCGAGAGACUGCCCGUUUUAAUUACCCUUUAAAAAAUUACAUUCCACAUUCAAUUCUCUUAUUUGACUUCACGGCCUCCACUCUCUCUUUGAAGUCGUUUGCUCGCUGCCACUGAAUAAAGCAAAAUGAGCUUUGCCAGCGCAACUGAGUUUCUAGAGGUCAAGAAGACUUUAGCCGUGUUACAAGGGAACAUAGAUCAGCAAUUUUUGCUUUUAAUGGGAUGCCUCAUCUUUUGUAAGUUCUCGAAAAUUGUCUAAUAAUGGAGGUGUUUACAUGGACCUCCACAGUCACUGUGAUUUAAUACAUGUUAUUUUAUUUCAUUCCAUAUUUGUGAUAGCAUUGUGAAAACAACUUACAUUUCUCAUUGCAGUUUUUCAGUCCCCUAUUCAAACUCAACAGUUGCAAUUCUAUCGGGUCAAACAUUUUCACAAACUAACGCAGAAACGAGCGCAUCUAUUCAUUUAAUAAACUAGUCAUGCACAAUAACAUUGGGACAUAGAAGAGAAUUAUCCAAAAUUUUCUUGGUCGGUUCUUUGAGUGAUUCCUAUUUCCUAUAUGUUUUCUGCGGAAACAGCUUCAAGCAUCCAAUCCGCGCUUGGUAGAGAAAAUACCAAAUGACGUUGCUAACAACAAGAAAGGAGCUCGGUUAAAGUAGCUUCAAGUAAAACACUCAAGUGUGGGUGUUUUACUUGAAGCUACUUUAACCUCAAAACCGUAAACAGCUACAAAGAACCUGUACCAUUUCUGCGACUUUUGCUGACUUAUAAUGUUUUUUUUUAUGCGAGCAAUGCGCCUAAAAGAACUAGCAAUGCAAUUUUGUUUGGAAAUAAUUACAGAAUGCAGAGCCACAAAGGUCUCUCUUGCCGGUAUGCUUUGACAAGUUUAAGAAUAACAAAGGAAUAAUAAUAAAAGGAAUAUGUGGUCCUGUAUUGUGUAGUUAUUAAUUUUUGGUAUAAAAUAUUCAGGUUAUUGAAUUCAUGUCAAUAUUUUGCAGUUAUGCAGGCAGGAUUUGCUUUCCUCGAGGCCGGAUCAGUGCGAUCGAAGAACACGACGAACAUCCUAAUAAAGAAUUUCUUGGAUGUGUGUAAGUAUGGAUUACACGAAGCCUCCCGUGAAAGAAUGAAAGUAAUGAUUUAUAAGCAUUAGUAUUAGUGCCCUUUACGUCUAAUUAGCAAUUGCGAAUCAUUUGAUUGUCUUUGAAACCGUGAUGGAUUAACUUUCAGUUCUAUAGGCAGACAGCCAAGUCCUUAGCUUUCUCUCUAUGUAAGGGUAAGUUUCUCUCGAUCAAGUCGAGGUUUUCAAGGGGGCCAAGUUACACUAAGUUAUAGAGUUUCCUCUUGCCUGUGUCUUACCAGAGACCGAAAAUGCAGUCGAAAGAAAACAGUCAAUUCUGUUGUUGGAAAAAAGCUGAAAGCACAUAGUUUUAAUUUAUGCCAUUUCAUAUCCUUGCCAAUGCUCGCGAAACUGGGUAGUAUUGUAAUUAUUUUUUCAGUUGAGGCGUUGUAAUCAAAACUCCGACUUGCACCCUCUAACUCUGGUGUUUUCUCACACAGUUAUCGGUGCAGUGGCUUACUGGCUGUUCGGUUACGCGUUUGCGUUUGGUGCGGAAAGCAAUGGCUUUAUUGGACACAAGUAUUUCGCGCUGGCAGAUUUACCAGCUGACAAAUACUCUAAUUGGUUUUUCCAUUUCGUUUUCGCCGCCACAGCAGCAACGAUUGUCAGCGGUGCCAUGGCGGAAAGGACGGAGUUUAAGGCGUAUCUCGUCUACUCCGUAUUUUUGACCGGUAAAGUAAACAUCGCUUUAUAUUGAACUGUUCUAUGGCAUUAGCGCAUAUGAAAAUAAACAGAUAAAAAAACUAUAUCGGCCAUGUAAUCUCCACUACACAAUUUUCGUCCACAAAAGACAGCAACAAACACUUUUAUCCCCUUCAUUUAUUUAUUUUUUAUUUUUUUAAAACUGAGAAGUACAAAUAGGAAGACCUCAGAAACAAGAUAAUACAAUGAAGAGGUUUCGAGGCUAGUUAAAUACAAACGGCCACCUUGUUUUCCUCUUUGACAGCCUGUCGCUUUGUUGCGGGUUCUGUUGGUUGAUGGAGCUCACGCCCUACUUUCAGGGCUUUGUAUGCAAAAGUAUGCACGCAAAAGAGUGCGCAGCGCAAUACAAAGGAAUUACUUCAUGUAAGGAGCCUCACAUUUUCUGCCUUCGCGCAUUAGUGCUCUGCCUUUUUUUUUUGAAAAUUUUUGGUUUUUCUGAUGGGUAGAACUAUUCCUUCAUCAGCACAUCAUGUAUUGGGUAUGUGAUUCCACCCCUAGCUUUAACAGUGGUAUCUAGAAAGACUCAAAUCAAUACAAAAACUCUCUCUUACAGGUUUUGUGUACCCAGUAGUCACUCACUGGGCUUGGGAUGGAAAUGGUUGGCUGGCCACUGGUUUGCAGUACACUAAAGACAAUAUAACAAUGUCUGUUACAUACCAGGUAAAACGUCAUAAAUUUUGUGUAAUUGUCUUUUAAGUUCAACUAUUAACCAAAACAUUGGAAAAAAAACCUCUACCUAAAGAAAAAAGAAAAAAUUGGAGUUUCCUUUUUCAAAGAACCAGCUGGUUUUACUGCUCUGAAACUAAGGGGUGUUGAAAAUUUCCAAAACUGACAAAACUGGUUCUCGCAAGAGAUUACCAGUUUAUAGAAUCUUGGGUCUGGCUGGUGAACUGGUCUGUCCUGUAAAUAAAGCCAGUCAGCGAGGAAACUUUAGAGAAGAUUCAUUUUGCACGUAAAGAAACUGCAAACUGCAACCUCGGGGAAUGACUUAUUUCAUAGGGUUUGGAUAGCAGCAGAUAUGUCACGAAUUUAAGAAAAUAUACGAUAUUUUUUAAAAACAUGUUUCGACAGUCCUUCUGUCAUCUUCAGUUCUGAUUUAUACAAAGUACAAAGUUGAACUUAAAGUGUGUAACAAAAUGCUCAUUAGAAAAAACAAAAAAUGGAACAAAUCGAACAAUAAAACAAUAGAACAGUGUCGCACUCUAUUUUAAAUUAACAUUUUACACCCUAACAUUAGUAUGCAUAUUCUCCAUACUGUUCAUCACACACUUCUUAAGGUGCUGACAAGGAGAAUUUGUUUAACAAUCGAGGGAUUCUUUAGUUGGUGAUCAUUUCCUUUAUUCUUGUGACCUUUAUGUGUGAUUCAGGGGAGUCAUUGUAAGGAGAGAUUAAAUGUUAGUCACUCUUAAGGCUCAAAGGGUUAAAUAGAGUACGACAUUGUUGAGAAUUUUGUAAAUGUCUGAAAAUGUGAGAGGUCCUAUCACUGCUCACGUGUGGAUAAAUGCCGUGAGGUUUCGCCGAUAUAACAGGCAUUACAGCCCGCACACAAAACUUGUAAACCACACACGCAUGGAGCCCACAAGGGUUAGGGUCUUUAACACCAACAUAUUACCUAUUUUAAAAGAUGAAAAGACCAACUUGAUAUCUAUGUUAUAACAAUAACGAUCAGCAAAGUGGCGAACCCUUUUUUGUGUGACAACAGAAAAAGGGCCAAUGUAAGGUAAUUUGAAAUAAAAGGUCGGAAACCGGGGGAGUGCACUCGUUACGGGUUAGCGUGAGGUACCGACUGACAACCUUUUCAAUUAGAUGGGCUGGAAAAAGAUUUUUUUUAAGGAUUUCAGUAAGUUUCUUGGUAUCUUCGUGGAAACCCAACCAUGAGUUGUUGAUCUUGUAGGCUCUAUCUACAAGAGUGCGAAUGAGAUCCAGUUUAUAAGAAUAAGAUACAAAGUUUAAAUAAUUAGUCGGCAGGCCCGUGAAGGUUUUCUCACUGUAAACACUUGUAACAGGAAAAUGGGUGUCAUUGUUGAUUAAAACAUUUAGAAAUGGUAUUUUAUGAUAUAUCUCUUUUUCCUUAGGGCCCUAGCAAAUGGCUUCAACAUUUGCUUCAACAUCCGUUCGAUUUUGUUGAACGCUGUUGAAAGGUUGUUGAAUGAUGUUGAACGGUGGGAUGGCAAACGGUUUCAACAUUUUAUUCAACAAAACUUCGCGAGUGGCCUGGUAAUUAGUUUCAGGCCCCAGAUCUACGCCCGAGACGCAUGCAAGGCGCCAUAGCAGUUUUUGUAGCUUUCGAAGUUUUGAAUGGUAAAAAACCAGGUCGAUCUCUUCUGCAAAAUCGUCUGGCGUAUCAUAGUCCUCCAUUGUAGGAUCAGCUGAUCGAAAUACUAUCGCCCAGACGUACUACAGCCACGCACAAAAUUGUUUUGCGUUGCUACCGUCUAUGCAUCCAUGGUGACCAUGGUUACGUCUUCUUAAUUGCGCAUGUGCUUGCUCAACAAUGUUGAAAGAGCAGGGCAAACGACUUCAACUCCGCUUCAACAUUCCGAACAUUCCAGAGAACAAAAGAAAUGUUGAACGGAUGUUGAAGUAAAGUUUAAAGGCUUUUAACUCUUUCAACAUCGAUUCAACUUCGCUUCAACACGUUUCAACACGGCGGAAAGGGGGUGGCAAACGCUUUCAACAUUGCCAUUCAACAAAAUCGAAAGGAUGUUGAAGCAAAUGUUGAAGCCGUUUGCUAGGGCCUUUAGUGAACCUAAUAUUGGAGUGCCUGGAGUUUAUGUCAUUGAAAAAUAAUUGCGCAUCAUUUCAUCCUUUUUAUUUUCCUUGUACACUCUUGUAGUGACUGUUGUUACUGUUAGUGUUUCUGUUACACUUUCGUUUUCUUUUAUAGGACUUUGCUGGUAGUGGGGUUGUUCAUGUUGUUGGUGGUGCUGUGGCGUUGGUUGGAGCAGGUCUUGUGGGGCCAAGAAUAGGAAGAUUCGUUCAUGGUGUCCCUGUAGUGAUAUCAGGCCAUACAGUGCCGGUGAAGUAACUUAAUUUGUUAUUUAUAAUUAGGAGAUUUAAUAUCUAUACGAUUGUAUUUGCACGAAAUGAGGAAUUCUUGCUGCUAAUAUCGUUAAGCUGGUUGCGCUUAAACUGAACUAGAAUUAAUCUCAAGUCGUUUUAUCGCUUAUCAUUGGUCAUUUGUUACCUUGUGACUGGAGACGUCCGUUCAAGUCUUAUCCUUAGGGAUAGUAGCUAAAUGUGUAGGGUGUAAGACCAAGGCUUUAGGACGUUAUCAGUGCAGUGCAACUGAUGCCCCUUUCUUUUUCAUCAGGUCUGAGCCACGAGUGAAUUAAUCGUUUAUUUUUACACUAUUCAGAAAGCAGCUUUGGGAGGAUUCAUCCUGUUCUUUGGUUUUCUGGCAUUCAAUGGUGGCUCCCAGGCAGCCAUUGCAAAUGAGGGUGAUGCAAAUGCUGUAGCAUUGGCCAUUGUCAACACUAUCCUUGGAGGUGAGUCCCCUGUACUUAAUCGUUAAAAUCAUAGCCCAUCAUUGAGACAGUUUUGGUGAGUGUCGGAAGUAAUCGUUAAUAGUUUUCUCAAAGACAAAAAAAACAUGAAACAAAAUAAAUAAAACAAGAAUCGACUCGCGCCAUCCACCCAGUCAGUCCGACUCGAAAGCAAAAUUAAAUCGUGAGGCUGCGAUCAAUGGUAUUCCGUACUUGCUGUCAGCAUAAAGCAAACUUCCGCCAUAAGCUUUAGACUAAGCGGAAAGGAAGUUUGUAACGUUAGCAAAAUAACGUACAUCUUACGAAGAAUGCACACUACCACCCGCAUACGUCAACAACAACUGUUGCACGACAAGCGACAAGUCACAAUCUGUAACAUACAAGAAUAGUGAAUUAAUCUUAUUUAUUCGAUUUUUUUUCAGGAGCUGCAGGUGCGCUAACUGCCAUGCUCAUCAAACGUCUAGGAUUUGCAGACAAGUACUGGAGCUUACUAUUCACGAUCAAUGGUGGACUUACAGGAAUGGUAAGUUAAAAAUGUUCAGAGUUGCCAUAUAAAACGGCUAUGGAAGACAUUCCACGAGUUUUAAGUCCACUAGCAAACUCAAAACCAUCCUUGUUCCUUUUGGUUCCUCGACCUCAGCCAACUAACUCUAAAGAAGCUUCAGUUUAUGAAGCCUCCUUCACCUCUGUUGAUUUGUCCCGACAUGUAACGCUUUCUCACCCCCUCCAGAAAGCGCGAGGGGAGACGGAAUAAAGCAAAGGCCGUUAUGGAGACAACAGCUCUUGUCUUGAAGAAAAAAAAAAAACAAGAUAUUCCUUAAACAGCUUUACACUUGACCUAAAUGAGGUUGUUAUUUUUCAGGUUGCCAUGUGCGCAGGUUGUAAUGUCGUGCAUCCCUAUGCUGCUGUUGUUAUUGGUAUCAUCGCUGGGAUGGCGUACGUGGCUUGGAGUACUGUCAUGCUUCGUGUAAAGAUUGAUGACCCCCUAGAUGCUGUCGCUGGUAAGUGACAUGGAAGAACCAAACGUAACCUUAAGUGAAUGUUAACUGCUCUAAACCGCUUUUAACAUAGCCUAAUCUUUGAACGAUGGAAGGAAAAGGGAGAUGAGUUGCACAUUAAUUCACCACUGAAAGAAUGUCCUAAACAUCUCUUAUACAGAGUGUAAAUGAAGCGGUCACUUCUCUAAUGAAAGCGAAUGUGCAACUCCGUCGAUUGAUAAAUACAAUCUAUUCAUAUAUUUAUUUGAUAUAAUUCGGAUUUCAGUGCUCAUGUUUGAGACGUUGUUUUUGUGCUUUUCCUAUCUCUUUUCAGUUCAUCUCGGAGGUGGUUUUUGGGGUGUACUGUCUGUUCCCAUCUUCAACAAGGAAUCUGGAAUAUUUUACGCCGCAGACGAACAUUCAUUCCGUUUGUUUGGUUGGAACUUGCUAGGAGUAAUUGUCAUCUUGGCUUGGUCCUCAGUACUGGCUUUCAUCCUUUUUAUUAUUUUGCGCCUCACAAAACAGCUUCGAGUCAGCGAAGAAAUCGAGUUGAAAGGUGAGAAGCUUGAGUGUAAAUUUUUUAGAAUGGGGAUUGGGGCCGAGAGAGGAUUUGCUAGGUGGUUUAUGCUGGCAUUAUUACUAUUCUUACUAUCAAAAAGAUAUUCCUAAGUAAGACUUUAGAUUCUUCAAAUCGAUAUUUGAUAAUAGUAAUCGGAUGAAAGUCACAAAGCGAAAAACAUUUCCUUGAUGCAGGUCUUGAUAUUCCGAAACACGGUGAGCCCGCAUAUCCACUGGAUAGCUACGGAGACGGCUGGUCCUCAUCUACAUCAGCAAAGAGGCAAACCUUGCCGUUUACUCAGAGCCCUACUAUUCUGCCGAGCCAUGUUUCACUCCGAAAUGGCCAACAUCCAAAUGGCUCAAUCCACAACGGCCAAGCUUUCAAUCAAGUUCAGAAUGACCAGCUCACUGAUGUUGAAGAAAACGUAAUCCCCAAUCCAGCUGUUGAUGGCAACAAUUCAAGUCCAGUAGUAGACACAGCAUUUUAAUGACAACUUUGUAAAUGAGAAGCAGGUUGUAGAACAAAAAUCAAGUUUUGAGGUUCAUUUUUGGGAAAACUCGAGUUAAUAAGUAGGCACAGUUUUAAUAAUUUUUAAUUUGCAUUAUACUGACUAUAAAUAAAGUGGAUUUUUGAUGAUCGUUUUGACCAAACAUGAGUUCGCUGCCAAGCACGUUGAGAGUUUCCACUAUUGUAUUUGAUGCUUUUCAAGUUUGAAGUAUGAAACAAAGACAAAACAAAGAUGAAAAGAUCACAGAUGACACAAGAAUCGUUUAGGCAGAUCUGAGUACUUAGGAGGCGUUUUCAUAUUUUAACUUUUCAAGUUGGGGGCAAAUAAGUAACCUGACGAAGGUAGAUAGAAAUAUCGCAUCGUUAUGUUCAAAUGUGAGUGAAUUGCUUUGCACAGGGAGAAUUUUCGCUUUCAUGUUAAUUUUUUUGGCAACGAAAAAGAUUUGGAAUACAAAGAUCGACAUAAAGCUAGGCUCGGGGAAAGUUUAGUUUCCAUAUAUUUAUUCCUUAUUUGGAGAUUAUUUGACACACGUAGAUCACCUUCUUUUGGAUAAAAUCUGAGUUGGUUGCGAGGGAGGGGUGUUUUACGCUCUCUUAUGUACAUUUUUUUUAAAGUUGGAAGGAUUAUGUAGGUUUUUAGUUCAGAGCGAAGAUUUCCUUUUCAAACAGGACAACUGACUGCAGCACUAGUAAGUAUAACGUUAAACUUGUACAAAUGUAAAAAGGAGUGAGAAAAGAAAUAAACGGUAAAAGCUGUGUAAAAAGGAAGUUGGAUAGAAAUGUUUACUCAAUUUAUUGAAUAAUAAUUUAUUUAUUGAAUUUAUUUAUUUAAGUAAGCUAAACUCUCUAAGAUACCAGUAUUUGAAACACUUCACUGGGGUUGUCUUCUGCCUUGCUAUUAC